AUGACUCGUACGGCUUUGGUGACUGGUGCUGCUCAAGGAAUGGGACGUGCAAUUGCUCUUCGUCUUGCUAAAGAUGGUUUCAAUAUAGCUGUUAAUGAUAUAGAAGCUAGCUCUUCUGACCUUCAACAAGUUCAACAAGAAAUCGAAGGACUUGGUCGCAAAUCGAUCGCUAUAAUUGCUGAUGUUUCGGACAGUAAAUCAGUCGAAAAAAUGAUGCAAGAAGUUGCAGAAAAAUUAGGAAGUCUAGACGUUUUAGUCGCAAACGCAGGUAUUUGUAAUGUGAAAUCACUCUUAGAUACGAAUGUAGAAGAGUGGGAUAGAAUUUUUGCAAUAAAUAUGCGUGGUGUAUUUCUUUGUUAUAACGAAGCAGCUAAAAUCAUGAUUAAACAAGGUACAGGAGGAAAAAUCAUUGGUGCUUGUAGUACUGGUGCAUAUAAACCAACGCCAAUGUUCGGUGCUUAUUGUGCUACAAAAUGGGGUGUACGAGGUUUGACACAAGCUGCUGCUAUGGAAUGGGCUCCAUAUAAUAUAACAGUCAAUACUUAUUGUCCAGGAGCCACUCAGACACCUAUGGCUGACAGAACUUAUGAAGCACUGUCGAACUUUCAUGGGAAGACAAGGGAAGAUGUUGUGGACGAUUUUCAAAAAAAUAUUCCACUCGGUCGUAUAGGACAUCCAGAUGAUGUGGCAAAUUUGGUUUCAUUUCUUGCAAGCAAAGAUUCUGAUUACAUUACCGGACAAAGUAUUUUAGUUAAUGGUGGAACAGAUUUUUCUUAA